AUGCAUGCCCCGGAUCGAAGUGCUCUGGAUACUCAAGAUCGCGAUUUAGUUCGGGAAAGCGAUUUUGAUGUGGGAGCUUUGGCUGAAUUUGUCGAAACCAAUGUUCCACUUCUGCUACCAGAACAACUGACCGCUUACGAAACUAUCAUGAGUGCGAUCGCGAAUCGUACCGGUGGUCUGUUUUUCCUCGACGCACCCGGCGGCACCGGCAAGACUUUCCUGAUAUCUCUGAUUUUGGCGACCAUCCGUUCUCGGAAGCACAUCGCAUUGGCGAUCGCAUCUUCUAGAAUAGCCGCCACACUUCUCGAUGGUGGUCGAACGGCUCACUCCGCUCUGAAGCUGCCAUUGAAUGUGCAAACGAUCGAGAUGCCCACAUGCAAUCUUGCCAAAAAUUCCGGUAUGGGGACCGUUCUGAGAACGUGUCGAAUCAUAAUUUGGGAUGAAUGCACAAUGGCCCACAAGAAGUCCUUGGAAGCCCUCGAUCGGACAUUGCGAGAUUUCAGAGACUGCCAGGUCCCUUUCGGAGGAGCGCUGAUCAUGUUGUCCGGUGACUUCCGACAGACCCUGCCCGUCAUACCACGCGGGACACGCGCCGAUGAAAUCAAUGCCUGCCUGAAGCAAUCGACUCUCUGGCGACACGUUCAGAAAUUGACGCUCACGACGAAUAUGAGGGUUCAGCUUCAGAACGACACGACCGCUGCACGCUUCGCGGCUCAAUUGCUGGACAUUGGCUCUGGGAGGAUGCCCAUCGACAGAUCUUCACAAAGCAUAACUUUGCCCUCGGAUUUCUGCACGGUGUGCUCGACGAAAGAACGUUUGAUCCAGAGCGUCUUCCCGGACAUAGAACGGAAUUUCAGAAACCGUCAGUGGCUGAGUAAGCGAGCGAUCCUGGCCGCCAAGAACUGUGACGUGAACGCCAUGAAUCUCAGCAUUCAGAACAAAAUACCCGGCGAAGCUAAGACGUACAAGUCCAUCGAUACGGUCAUCGAUCAAGAUGAAGUUGUGAAUUAUCCAACAGAGUUUUUGAACUCACUGGAUCUGCCAGGCAUGCCUCCCCACGAUCUGACCCUCAAGCUUGGUGUUCCGAUCAUCCUGCUACGGAACCUCCAUCCACCACGCCUGUGCAACGGAACAAGACUCGCCGUCAAGAACUUGAUGAACAAUGUGAUCGAGGCAACAAUUCUCAACGGGAAAUGUGAAGGAGAAGAUGUUUUAUUGCCAAGGAUUCCCAUGAUCCCCACCGAUAUCCCCUUCGAAUUCAAGCGUCUGCAGUUCCCAGUUCGUCCCGCUUUCGCCAUGACGAUAAACAAAGCCCAGGGACAAUCAAUGCAG